UCCCGUGCGUGCCCACCUCCUGUUUGCCAUCCGAUCCUACCCCGGUCUAUUCGCUGACUCAGUGCCUUAAGCAGCAUCACCGUUCACCUGAACAGAGCUACAGCAUCCUCUGCGGAGAAAUACAUCAGCCAUGGCCAAAACAGCAUCCGCAUAUAAGGAGAAGAUGAAGGAGCUGUCCGUCCUCUCCCUCAUCUGCUCCUGUUUCUACCGAGAACCACGCAACAAGCUUGUGUGUGAGUUUGAAGACAUGGAGGUGAAACCUAUCAACAAGCGAGCCUCUGGCCAGGCCUUUGAGGUGAUUCUCAAGCCUCUUUCUCCAGUGUCAGAUGUAGCCCACAACCUCCCCUCACCCCCCAAGAAGGACAUCUCCUUGGAGGACAUUGAGAAGAAACUGGAGGCUGCUGAGGACCGGAGGAAGUAUCAGGAGGCCCAGGUGCUGAGGGCUUUGGCGGAGAAGCGAGACCAUGAGAGGGACGUGUUGCUAAAGGCCAUGGAAGAGAACAGCAAUUUCAGCAAGAUGGCCGAGGAGAAGCUCCAGCUGAAGAUGGAGCAGAUCAAGGAGAACCGUGACGCCCAUCUGGCAGCCAUGCUUGAGCGUCUACAGGAGAAGGAGAAACAUGCAGCUUUGGUGCGCAAGAACAAAGAGCUGAGGGAAGAGCUGACAGCAUGAGCCUCACACAAGUCCUGACUUCCAUAGUCCAUCACUGUCCCUCCAUCCAGUCCCGCUCCCCUUCCAAGCCCCGCCCUCACCUUCCUCAGAACAGACACCCAAUCCUGGAGGUUUGAAGACCUCACCACCACAUCACAACACACCACACCACCAGUACUCACCACUAUCAGUAUUAUCAGUGGAUACAAACUUGAAUGGAUUUGUUGAUUUUAGAGAAAACGUGCGAAUAUGGCUUUUAUUUUGUAAAUAAUUUUUCUUAAAGUCUAUCUAUCUAUCUAUCUAUCUAUCUAUCUAUCUAUCUAUCUAUCUAUCUAUCUAUCUAUCUAUGGUGAGUGAAGUACAUACAAAGAUUGUACUGUACUGCACUGUACAAUUUCAAACAUUUUGUUUGUGAUUUAUAUUAAUGUUUCAGUUCUUGAAAUUUGACUCUACAACCAUUUUCUUGUGAAAGCUGUCGGUGUUGUGAGUUGGCUGUAGACUGACAUUUGCAGUGUUUCCUGAUGAUGUCAUGAUGAUGAUGAUGAUGUUUCUGUGUCUUUGUAAAGAAUGAUGGUCGGUGUAGCUACACCCAGGCUCCUCGAGAGAUCAAGGUAUCCCAUCUGUAUCUUCCUCACGCACACCCACUCAUUUCUUAACACGCACGCUUGGAACUUAACAAUACGCCAAACUCCACAGAUCCAUAAAGUGUCCACCUCCUCUGGUAUGAGCUUGAUAAUGAACUUGAUAGGUGCUUUAUUGUUAUUAAGAAUGUCUUUGCCCAAUGAGAGCAACUGUUUCUACAUUUGCAGAUUCCCACUUAUCCUGACUACGCCAUUUCUUAAAAGAUUCUAUCUUUAGCUAAAUCAGUAGCUCCGUCACAUCCACAGUAUUUGGGCACUAAGCUCUUGAAUGUUAUGACACCAUACUGGUACCAUGCAUAUUGUCUUGGACAGUGGAAUGUGCUGUUGUCCCACCUUGAUAUCGAAAGUGUGAACAUAACGUAUGCCUGUGUGGGUGUGUGUGAAUGCGAAUUUACCACAAGGCAUCUCUAGCCUCUGCUCUCUUUAGGGGAUUAGAUGGAGAAUGGAUGCAGGACGCUUUACAUUCAGCACACUGAACUAGUCUCUUUUUAAUAUACAGUACCACUGAUAUCUGCCUGCAUCCUCUGCUGCUUGUGUUUCUCCCUUCAUAUAUUUCUCUGUGAAAGCUUUGCUGAAUAAAGGUUUGAGGUUCUGUGAACAUGGCAUGCACCAUCUAAUAUGUUUCUGUGCUAAAAGAGGAGGGAAAAUGUAAACUGCCAAAUAAAAGAACCAGUUAUCUACACAUCCUGAGAA